CGCCGCCGCCCGCCCGCUGGCGCCCGCGCAGGCCCGGCCGCGGCCCAGGCCCGGUGCCCUGGCACCUCCUGUCCGCUGAGCCAUGGCCACCCCCGACGUGAGCGUCCACAUGGAGGAGGUGGUGGUGGUAACGACGCCCGACACGGCGGCGGAUGGCAGCGGCAUGGAGGAGGUGAAGACCGUGCUGGUCACCACCAACCUGGCCCCGCACGGGAGUGACCUGACGGAGGGUAACAUGGAGACGGAAAACGCCGCGGCAGCUGCUGCAGCCGCGUUCACAGCGUCCUCGCAGCUCAAGGAGGCCGUGUUAGUGAAGAUGGCUGAAGAGGAGGAGAGCCUGGAGGCCGAGAUCGUGUACCCCAUCACCUGCGGGGACAGCAGAGCCAACCUGAUCUGGAGGAAGUUUGUGUGCCCCGGCAUCAAUGUGAAGUGUGUUCAGUACGAUGAGCAUGUCAUCAGCCCCAAGGAGUUUGUGCACCUGGCCGGCAAGUCCACCCUGAAGGACUGGAAGCGAGCCAUCCGCAUGAACGGCAUCAUGCUCAGGAAGAUCAUGGACUCCGGGGAGCUGGACUUCUACCAGCAUGACAGGGUCUGCUCCAACACCUGCCGCAGCACCAAGAUCGACCUCUCGGGGGCCCGUGCAUCCCUGGGCAGCCCCACGCCUGCCGAGUACAUCCCGCUCACGCCUGCCACGGCCGACGUGAACGGUGCUCCUGCCACUAUCACCAUCGAGACUUGUGAGGACCCUGGGGACUGGACCACAGCCGUCGGAGAUGACACGUUUGCCUUCUGGCGAGGGCUGAAGGACGCAGGCCUGCUGGACGAGGUCAUACAGGAGUUCCACCAGGAGCUGGUGGAGACCAUGAAGGGUCUGCAGCAGCGGGUCCAGGACCCUCCCCUGCAGCUCCGAGACGCCGUCCUCCUCAACAACAUCGUGCAGAACUUCGGCAUGCUGGACCUCGUGAAGAAGGUGCUGGCCAGCCACAAGUGCCAGAUGGACCGCUCGCGGGAGCAGUACGCCCGCGACCUGGCAGCCCUGGAGCAGCAGUGUGACGAGCACCGCCGUCGGGCCAAGGAGCUCAAGCACAAGUCGCAGCACCUCAGCAACGUGCUCAUGACGCUGACGCCUGUCUCCCUGCCCCCCCCCGUGAAGCGGCCCCGGCUCGCAAGGGCCACGUCCGGGCCGGCCGCCAUCGCCUCGCAGGUGCUCGCCCAGUCCGCCCAGAUCGCCCUGACCCCCGGUGUGCCCGUCUCCCAGCUCACCAGCGUGCCGCUGGGCAAAGUGGUGUCCACCCUGCCCUCCCCCAUGCUGGGCAAGGCCAUGCCCCAGGCUGCUCCGGCAAGCUCCCCCGCUUCACCGCUGCUUGGGGGCUACACGGUGCUGGCCUCCUCGGGCACUACCUUCCCCAGCACGGUGGAGAUCCACCCGGACGCGUCCAGCCUCACGGUCCUGAGCACAGCCGCCAUGCAGGACGGCAGCACUGUGGUCAAGGUGGUGAGCCCGCUGCAGCUGCUCACCCUGCCCGGCCUGGGCCCCACCCUGCAGAACGUGGCCCAGGUGUCGCCCGGGGGCAGCACCAUCGUGACGGUGCCCACGGGGGCUGUUGAGAGCGCCGUGGCCGCCCCGGGACCCGAGGAGCACACGGCCACCAUCGAGGUGGCCGCCAUGGCGGAGGGCCAUGAGCACAAGUAGCCGUUGGCGGAGGGCGAGGCCCCUCGUGAGCACAGGGCUGGCCGCCUCUCCUCAGGCCGUGGCUGGCCGGGAGCACAGCGCUGGCGCCCGGCGGGCCACGCGGGGCUGCUGAACCAAAGAGAGGAAACGCCAAAACAGACGGAGAGGAGAGGAGAGGGACGUGGCAGCAGCCUGAGACGGGUCCCCGGGUUCUGAGCCUCCUCCCCUGUUUUCUGGGAAAUAUAUUUUUCCAUCUGUUGCUUAUUAAUACUGUUUACAUGUGGGGCCUUGGUCAGGAGCCAGGCCGGGGAGGCCAAGGGGGCCCAGGUGCAGCUGGCAGCAGAAGCAGGGCGGGGGGCGGGGCCUGGCCCACCGGCUGGGCCGGGCCGUUACUGACACGUGUCUUGGGAACUGUCCCAAGUGUGGAAACCCAUGGAUCCUAUGGAUUUGGUCUCUUCCCACAGUUUUCUGUAGGUUUAGCGUGGCCAGCGCCCUGUUCUCCCACCUCUGGAACAGGCAUCAGUGGUGCUGCAGGGCACCCAGGGGUCGGGGUGCAGACCCCGGGGCACCUGCCUGGCCAGAGGGGCCGAGGGGCCUGAGCAGCACAGGCCGGGGGGGGCACCCCGCCCCCACUCCUGCCUGGCAGGGGCUCAGGGGCUCAGGGGCCAUUGCACACGCUCUGGGGGUAUUUUUAAGUGAACUCCUUAGUAGGCUUCUAGGAAGAGUCAGGUUUAUAGUGUUUUCAACCUAAACGACGCUGAGUGCCUAGGCUUCCCGAUCUGUUCUGGGUUCCAGAGUGUUUUGUACACAGGGACUGUCGGGAAGGCCCCAGGGGAGCAAGAUGGUGGGCGUCCCCCGCGGCUUUGGCCUGAGGAGGGCGCGUGGAAAGAACAAGCAGGGGCUCUGGGGGGUUCACUCCCAGUUGGGACGCGCCUCAGGUCAGGGCUCGUGAUCCCCUGUGUUCA